CUGAUAGGUAUUUUCAAAUAUUUCCCCCUUGUGUUAUCGUACAAAGCGAGGUGACCGUGUAUUGUCAUUCCGUAUCUGUUUUCGUGAUUUGGGUGCUACCAUCUCUUCGCCACCUCGAAAUAUAAUCACCUCCGAGGUCACAGUAAAAAUGUCUGGGAACCGUGAUUAAAUAAACUCAGAAUAGUUUUCUGCUUUUCCUGACGAUUGGUCAAUGUCUGGAACACUACCCGAACAAAUGUUAUCAGACCCGUCUGUGAACUCCUUGAAAAAGAAACUAGGUCUACAGUGGAAAAGAAGCCUCAAAAAUUGACAUAAGUUGAACGAAUUUCUAUAAUUCAGAACUGAGUAUUUUGUUCUUCUGAUCUAUCAAGUGUCCGGCGGCAUUUGAGUAGUCUAGGUCACAAGGACUGCGUGACAAUGAGCCACAUUAGGAAGUAUCCUGUCUGCGUUGGUCGAGAGAACGGUCUCAAGAGAACAAAUAAUAUCCGUCCCAAAAAGCCUUCAAACAGAAGAGGGCGUUUAACCAAACAAGCAAAGUUUGCACGAAGUCUAAUACGUGAGGUAGUGGGCUUUGCUCCAUUUGAAAAGCGUAUGCUUGAGUUGCUGAAAAACGAUAAGGAAAAAAGGGCACUCAAAUUCGCUAAGCGUCGCAUUGGUGGACACAGAAGAGCUAAAAGGAAAAGAGAAGAGUUAACGGCCAUCGUCAAGAGUAUGAGAAUGAAGUAAAUUAGUUGAAAUAUAAAUGGAUGUAUGCUACCUUAUCUUUCUCUUUUUGCUAUCUGACUAGUCAGUCGGCUUCACCGUAUUAUAAUCUUGACAUCGUUAUGUUGAGGCUUUUGUUUUAUGGGUUUCGGUCACGCUUACUUUAAUGACACUCAUAUGUCUGUUUUCAUUGCUUAAACACCAUAGCAGUGAUUGUGGUCAUUACCUCCGCUUGAUGUACGUAAGCUAGUCACAUUUUGAGUUUUUCACAGCUAUCAAAGCACUGUACAUCACACGAAAUAAUGUAGAAGUUUCCUUAAUCUUGCUGUCUGGUGCCUUGCGUAAUGUGCAUCUGACUAAGUCGUAUAUUUUGUCCAUUAAGUAGAAAUUUGUGUAGCUUGCGUUACACAAGUAGCAUGGCGUUGUUGAGUGAAGGUAUGAGUAAAGGAUUCCUAACUAGGACGUUUUCCUGAUGUCUUGAUAGUAAAAUUAUGUUGUUUGCCGAAUUACAAUAAGUAAAGCGGAUAGACCAUUUUAUUCUGAUUAUGCCUGGCCGUAAAUGAAGAGGGAACGCUCUGACACUCAGUUUUCUCAAAUUCCUGACGGGAUUUGCAUAUAUGUGCCUAGUCGUAUGUUGUAGCUGACUGACAUCGGUUGAGAGGUAGGUAACAGUAGUUGAACCAAUGCUGAACGUGGCUGUUCCCACAUCCUGCUUAGCUAAUUGUUAUCCUGGACGGGCUACUUGUGUUUGAUCUAGAACCACGCAUUCAUCUCGGUUUGUGCGACUAGUUUGGACGUUUCAGGUGUAUGCUCGUAGUUUAUCUAAGUGACUGGGAAAUAGCUUUACAACCAUGUUUACAUUCAGUACACCUAAUAACAGUAAUACUCUAGCUAAUUCACCCUAACCAAUUAUGCAUGUCAUGGAAUAGCGGAUUAACGCAAUGCACAACGAUCUUGGAUACAGUCGAUCAAUGUUGUUGGUCCUUGUUAGGCCACCUUGGUUAAUAUUGACGCCUGAUUAAAAGAACGCAUAUAACGAACUUUAUGGCUCACUUUACCUACGAAAAUAUUAGUUUGUAUUGAGGCAGCGUAAAUGCACCAGCAAUAUUGUUAUUGAACUUGCGUGUUUUUAACCCUAACCACUACGUUCUCUAAUUUAUAUGACACUGAUUAUUCGUAAGUUUAUAGUGUGAAAAUACUUAUUCUUUAGACGCUUUUCAACCACAAUAAUGAUCUGUAGAUGAUCACUUUAUUUAACUCAUUUGCUUCCCUUUCCUCGCAUGUUCCACUUUAUUACGCCUAUCGCGUAUGAGUCAGCUAUGUUGUACAGUUCUUUUAAGCGAAAUAGGACAAACCUGUUUCUCUACAGUUUAAAAUCAAGCUCUUUGGUCAACAAUUAGUGACUAUCACGUCAGUGACUUACCGGUAGUUGUGGAUCUUUUGUUUCAGAUAGCGUCAGGAGAAAUAGUUUUAAGUGGACUAGGAAAUAGCUUUACAACCAUGUUUACAUUCAGUACACCUAAUAACAGUAUAACUCUAGCUAAUAAACUUCAUAAUCAUGUUUUUAGCAACCGUCUAUUAAUUCACCCUAACCAAUUAUGCAUGUCAUGGAAUAGCGGAUUAACGCAAUGCACAACGAUCUUGGAUACAGUCGAUCAUGUUGUUGGUCCUUGGUUAAUAUUGCGUGGAUUCUCUGGCAUGUAGCUAAAUGAGUAUGAUUUCGUGUAAUAUAUUUUGAGCCUUACCGACUGAGCGUAAAUCAAUUUCAAAAUUAGGGUUUUUGUGCUCUGACGAUGUGCUCUCCAAGCAAUGUAAGACCUAACAAAUAUUAAUUACAGGGAGAUUGGAUUGACAAAGUAGUAAAAUAACUAUGAAAAAAACUGAAUAUGCCGAUUAUCGUUAUAAUGCGGAACAAAAAGAAUAUUUAAGUUGAAUGAUC